CAGUAGGUGGCUGGCAUUCCCCGGCACUAGCCGGCGGCUCCCACGGAAUGACUGCGAUCAUUUAAAGCAAUCCUGCUCUCAUCAUGGGAAGCCGGGGAAGAAUUGACGUCCGGAAGAUCCUGCCUAUAGGAUCCGAGCCGUCAGAGGAGCCGUGCUUUUCCCUCACUUUAAAUCCAGCCGAGGAGUGCAGGUGCUGAAAGCCAGGAGAUAUGGGGAAUGCAGCAUGACGGCAACUACCAAAAGUUCUUGCUGGCUGCAAUUCCCUUGUUUCAGACUCCGUUCUGCUCGGCAGACCUGGAGCUGGGAAAUUAACUAGCCUUGAUUUUGAAAAUGCCUCCCACUGACUGGGCUUUGAAUGUGAUAAAUGGCCUUCCAGAGCUGGGGAGCAGCUAACAGCAAGACAAGACAAUGAGAAAAAGACAAGUUCCAGGAUUCAAACUCUGGUAAAAGAUGUACUCCAUUCAACUUAUAGAAGCUGUACUGGUAAGCAAUGUGCAGUGGCUUUUUUGUUUUAUUUAUUUUAAAAAUGUUUCACAAAGUGAAAUGACUUUUAAACUUUUCUGACUGUUUAAAGAGAUCAAGCGGCAGCAAAAUCAAAGGAAGAAAUUUUAUUCAAGGAUUUUCAAAAAGUUGUCUUCUGAGAAAAGUAGGACAAUGGCAUCUGGAGAGUGCCUUCUGCUGGACCUGGAAACAGAAAACUUCAUCCUCUACAACAUUUCUGUCAACCAGAGUGCAAACCUCUCCAUCCUCAGCGAUGAGUGGUUCUACCCAGCCUUCCUCUAUGCCAUCCCCACCAUUUACGGGAUCAUCAUUUUGAUAGGCCUUAUCGGCAACAUCACUUUGAUUAAGAUCUUCUGUACUGUGAAAUCCAUGAGAAAUGUCCCUAAUUUGUUCAUCUCCAGCUUGGCUUUGGGAGACCUGCUGCUCUUAGUGACUUGCGUGCCUGUGGAUGCCAGUAGGUACCUUGCUGAUGAGUGGCUCUUUGGCAGAAUUGGAUGUAAACUUAUCCCCUUCAUACAGCUCACUUCUGUAGGGGUGUCAGUCUUCACUCUCACUGCUCUCUCAGCUGACAGGUAUAAAGCUAUAGUAAGACCAAUGGAGAUCCAAGCGUCCCAUGCGCUGAUGAAGAUCUGUGUGAGAGCUGCUAUCAUCUGGAUUGUCUCCAUGCUGCUUGCCAUCCCUGAAGCAGUAUUUUCAGAUUUGCACCCUUUCCAUGACAAAGGGACUAACAAAACCUUCAUCAGCUGUGCUCCUUACCCACAUUCUGAUGGGCUGCAUCCAAAAAUCCACUCAAUGGCAUCAUUUCUGAUCUUUUAUAUCAUUCCUCUAUCUGUCAUAUCAGUAUAUUAUUAUUUCAUUGCUAAGAAUUUGAUCCGGAGUGCUUACAACAUUCCCGUGGAAGGAAACUUACACGUGAGAAAACAGAUUGAAUCCCGUAAGCGCCUGGCCAGAACAGUACUGGUCUUUGUGUGCCUCUUUGCCUUCUGCUGGCUCCCCACUCACAUCAUCUAUUUAUAUCGGUCCUACCACUACUCAGAGGUGGACACCUCAGUGCUGCACUUCAUCGCCAGCAUCUGUGCUCGGAUCCUGGCGUUCACUAACUCUUGCGUCAACCCAUUUGCUCUCUACCUGCUCAGCAAGAGCUUUCGGAAACAGUUCAACAACCAGCUGUUCUGCUGCAGAGCUCGCCUCCUCAUCCGGUCCCAGAGCAUGGCCAGGAGCACCACCCGAAUGACCUCCCUCAAGAGCACCAACCACUCCCUGGCCACCUUCAGCCUUAUCAAUGGCAACCACAUCUGCCAUGAAGGCUAUGUCUAAAGCAAGCAGCUGAGGACCACUGCACUAUGUACUUAGUGCAGCUGCUUGGUUCUGCUCUGUGGGGAUGCUGAGUAGCACACAUGCAUGCACACGUAUGUGUGAGGAAAUCUGAUGCGCUCUGAGAAUGAACUCGGAGGAGCUGGAAGCAUCCAACAUUUCAUCCCAGACUGCGGCAUGUCUGGAUCGGCAGGUCAUUUAGCACCUGCCCGCAGGAGUUCCCUGGGGUGGCCUGCAUUGCUUCAAGACCCACUGCUUUUAACGAGCAUGAAGUGAGCGUUUUAAGAUCAAGUCUAGUUUGGCUCCGCCAGUUCUUCAUCACAUUCUGCUCAAUCCCAAACUCAGACAGACUUACAGCAAUGAUAAAGACUACACCAAGUGCACAAAAUUCAUUAGAACAGUUGCAUCCAGCAGUUCAUGGCUAAUAUUUUUGACACCAAAAUAAAUCCAUUUAAAUAAGGUAAAUACUUUUACAAAGGAGUUCAGUGUAGGUCAUUUACAGACUUUUCAAGUAUUUAUUAAAGUUCGGAGUACAGUAUUAAUUCAUGGUAUAAAAAAUAUCAAGAGUUUACUGGGGUAUGUUGGUGGCCCCAUCUGAAAUAAAUGAGCAGUAUCUUGCACUACGUCAAUGUGAAAGCAGUAAUGUAAAUAAAUGUGAGUUGGAAUAUG